AAUGGGAGGCAGUCGGCCGGCGCCCUCCGCCUCCGCCCUCCCCGUGAGCAGCGGGCCGGCAGCGAGGCGCAGAGUGGCCGGGCAGCCGGGGGGAUUUACUUUCUGACAGCGGCAGAGCAGCCCGGGCCGCGGGGCGGGGGUCAGCUUCGCCCCUCUCUCAGGAUUAAGGCCGCCCAGCCGAGCCCUCAUCUGGAGCCGCUAUUCCUCCUCCUCUACCACCCAUCCCUGCCCCAUGGAUUUCAACCUUCUGGCAGACGCGGAGGCUCGCAGCCCAGCCUUGUCUCUCUCGGACUCUGGAACUCCUCAACACGAGCACAGCUGCAAAGGGCAGGACCACAGUGACACCGAGAAGUCCCAGCAAAACCAGACGGACGACUCCAACCCUGAAGACGGCUCGCUCAAGAAGAAGCAGCGGAGGCAGAGGACGCACUUCACCAGCCAGCAGCCCAAGAGCUGGAAGCCCUUCCAGAGAAACCGUUACCCAGACAUGAGCACCAGGGAGGAGAUUGCAGUCUGGACCAACUUGACAGAGGCACGAGUCCGGGUCUGGUUCAAAAACCGCAGAGCUAAAUGGAGGAAACGAGAGAGGAACCAACAGGCUGAACUGUGCAAGAACAGCUUUGGAGCCCAGUUCAAUGGACUGAUGCAGCCUUAUGAUGACGUGUAUUCCAGCUAUUCCUACAACAACUGGGCCACCAAGGGGCUCGCCACCAGCCCGCUCUCAGCCAAGAGCUUUCCAUUCUUCAACUCCAUGAAUGUCAGUCCCCUCUCCUCCCAGCCCAUGUUCUCCCCGCCCAGCUCCAUCACCUCAAUGACCAUGCCUUCCUCCAUGGUCCCUUCCGCAGUGACAGGAGUACCAGCCUCUAGCCUCAACAACCUGGGAAACAUCAACAACCUGAACAGCCCGAGCCUCAACUCUGCUGUCUCAUCCAGUGCCUGUCCUUACGCCUCAACAGCCAGCCCCUACAUGUACAGGGACACAUGCAACUCCAGCCUGGCCAGCCUGCGGCUGAAGGCCAAGCAGCACGCCAACUUCACCUACCCGGCAGUGCAGACGGCAGCUUCCAACCUGAGCCCUUGCCAAUACGCUGUGGACAGGCCCGUAUGAAGGGCUGCCCUCUGCCAACCAGGGACUUGACCUUAGCCUGACAAAAGGAGACCUUUAGCCCUACAACAGCGUACGUCCUGCAGAGAAUGAGAGUGAACAUGAGAGCGUAAGAGGGAGAGGGAGAGAGAGAGAGAGAGAAGUGAGCAGGCAGACAAACCUUUACAAAGAUUUGUCUAUCGUAUGGUGAAUUUUGACUGUCUUUCCCCUUCAAAACCCCUUCCCUUCUUGCCUACUAAAACUCCUCCUCCUCCAUAAAGAAACCAAAACAUUCUACUGGAAGCCCUAAUGGAGAAAUAGGAGCCCCAACAUGCAGGGUGCCUGACCCAUGGGCAGCAGAACCAAGUAUGUUUCAAUCUUCCCCUCCAAACUCCACAGGGGUGAGCCCCCCAAAUCCUUGGAACAGCAUGGGCAGACACACUUCACCCCUGCAGGGAAUAGCCAGAGACAGGACAAUGUGGGUGGUGCCAUUUGGUGCUUGGCUGACCCAUUUUCUCUGCACAUGUGCAAGACUUCAGUUAAAGAUAUCUUGCCCAUUUAUUUAUCAUAAGGAUAAUGAAGCCAGUAAGGAAGCCUUGUCUCAAUUGAUUGGCAUCUCUCUUUAUAAUGCAUAUAUACACAUGGCCCUUCAGACUUGAAGUCUUUAGGAGCUGGGGGUUGUAAGAAUAUAAAAUAUGUGUCUGUAUAUGUAUCUUAUAUAUAUGCAAAUACAUAUAUAGACAUUAAAAUAUACUUUUUUGUUUUGUAUGUGAAAUAACGUACAAAGUAGACCUUAAAACCAAAAACCCUGUAAAGGAAGCACAUCCACUGAGGCAGUGUCCUGCCUGUCAUGCUUUACUGCUUCAGUCAUUUCCAGUCAGACACAAACACUGUUGCCAGUGUACAUCCAAAACACCCCUUUUUGCAACCGUCAGCUCCUCCUUGCACAUCUCCUUCCCUUCCCUUCCCUUCUCCAAAUCCCAUUUCCAAAAGAGAUAAUAAAAUAAAAGUUGGCACAAUCCCUUUAA